CUCGUUAUCAUUAAGUGUUGGACAUCCAACGCCACUGUUUCAAUCACUCUUUGCGCCGUAGACUAAAUAAUUAAGGCUGGAGUUAAAAUGAAGAACUUUAUAAGCAUAAUUUUGAUUGGAAUACUUAUUCGAAAUGGAUUAGCUGACGUAUCACAUCUUACUUCGCAUGGCGAUCAAAAUGGAUACUUACCACCUCCUAAGUCAACACAAAAUUUAUUCAUUGAACAGGAUAACAAUGGAAUAAAUUCACCACACGAUAACGGACUUCAAUCACACCAUUACCAUCAAGAUGGAAAUGAUAACGAAAAUAAUGGAUACUUACCACCUUAUCAGGAACAAUCUCACUCUCACCAUGAGCAUGAUCACCACGAGCAUCAUCAACAUGAUCACAGUCAGCAUGAUCACCAUCAUCAUGAACACCAUCAGCAUGCCCAGCAGGAAGACCAUGGAUAUUUGCCUCCACCAAUCAGUAAUAAUCAAGAACAUGUGCAUAAUCAAGAAGUGGAUACAAACCGAGACUAUUUGCCACCAAUUCAGGGCCAAUCGCAUGUUGAAGAACAUGAAAAUCAACAAGAUGAUAGAGGAUAUCUGCCACCUUAUCAACAAAAGUUUGAAAACCAUGACCACCAUCAUAACCAUCAACAGCAUGAACAAGGUUCAAUUGAUCCAAGUCUUCAAGUUUCCUAUUACAACAAUCACGCAAUUUCUCUGCAACAUAACAAUGCUCCUAAUAAUGAGAUUGAGGAUAAUUCAAAUGGAUAUACCUAUGCUCCACCAAGUCAAAGUUUUGAAGAAGCACAUCAACACCACCAUCAUCUCAACCAACACCAUGCUCCUGGUAAAGUAGUGCAGAAAAUUAAUCAAAUUAGUUUCAAGCAAGAAGCACACCAACACCACCAUCAUCAUACUGAACAAGCUAUUGGCCAGCAGUCAAAUGAAGGACACCAACAACAAUUUAAUCGAGACUAUCUUCCACCUGUUUUAUCGAGCCAUGAGCAUACUAAAACACAGAUAAACCAAGUUGAGCAAGUGCAAAAUUCUGUAACUUCAAGCUUCCAAAACCAAGGCACCGAAUCUGAAUCUUAUCAAGAAGAUGAACGUGGUUAUCUUCCACCAAUUGGUGCUUUAGAACUUCCUAAGUCUUCUGAUACUUUGCAUACAAUACCACCAUCUAAGCUUGGAUUACCGCUGAAAAAGUCCAACGCACCAUCUGAAAUAGAUCACAUUAAUGUGCCUCUCCCAAUUCCUCAAGUUGGAUAUUUUUUUAUUCCUGCAGUGAGCAAAGAGCUUCCUGGCCUCACAGAAACUAAAACCGAGCAUGUAACUUCUUCAGGAAACCUACCUUUUAUUGAAGAUAACCAACACCACCACCAACAUGUACACGAAAACCAACACCAACACCAACAUGACCACCAACACGACCACCAACACGAACACCAACACGAACACCAACACGAACACCAACAUGAACACCAACACCAACACGACCAUCAACACGAACACCAACACGAACACCAUUAUGAACACCAACAUGAACAUGAGCAUGAACACCAACACGAACACCAUCAUGAACAUCAACAACAAUAUCAACACCAACAAUAUUCAGAACAAGAACAACAGUUGCCAAUAUCAACAUCUGCUGAAAUUCCUCCUGCUCCAGAAUUCUCCAUACCACAAAUAUCAGGAAUUCGCAUAAUACCUUCGAUUCAAACAGCUCAAGAAAUAUCAAGUCAGGGUUAUUUGACACCAAGCCAAGUUGUCAGUCAGCAUUUCGCCGAUAUUGAUUUUGAUGAUGAUUCAAAUCACAUCGAAGUCGGUCAACACAACUUUCCUCCGCUAGUUCAAAAGCAAGAACAACAAGAUCAAUUUGUUAGCCAUCAUCAGCAUCAUCAUGAACACCACCAUGAAGAACAAGUUCAAAAUAAUUUUCAAAACUUUGCGAAAUCUGCUGUUCAUGGCUUGAGCAUCAAUCAAGAAAAUAAUGGCUAUUUACCACCAAUUGACAAUUAUCACCAACAUCGCCAGCAACAACAAACCUUUCAAAGUCAUCAAGACGUAUACAGCAACAAUCAUCAGACAGGAUUUAUCAACAACCAAGUGACGAAUCUUCAAACCUACAUGGACCAUGUUAACCCAAAUGACAGGUACGGCUUUUUACAAUUUGAACCACAACAUGCUAUUGAGAGUAAUCCACCACCUCUCGAACCCCCUUUAAUGUUUAGCAAGCCAUCAUUAGCAAACGAACCCUAUGCUCCAGGAAUGGCCUACCAGGUUUCAUCAAAUCUUCCGUUCACCAAUCAACAGACUAAUAAUGGCUAUCUUCCCCCACCACCAAAGUCCCAUCAAGAAAGUCAAAUCGAAUUUACACCAUCCAUUGGUUUUGAACUCAAUGAACAAGCUAAGAAAGAUGUGAGCCUUCAACACGACCACACAAUAUUUCCCUUAGCCGAUAUUCUUGGUGUCCCAGAUGAAGAAAUGUCCCAAAUAAUGAAGCAAAUCGAAGGUCGGAUUCGCACUAUCCAAAUAACAAACCAUCACGAUCACUCCGUGAAGAAUAUCAGAGUUCUUGACUCAUCCAAUCAGGCUGGCGAGAGGACAAUCGAAAUCUUAGGACAUUCCAAUGAAGCUCCCAAGGGUGAUCAUAAAGUAUUGCAUGUUGUUAGUAAAGCUCCCAAUCCUCAGGUGGUUCACCAUCAGACGAUAAAGAUAUUCAACGAUGUGGAAACCAAGCCAGUUGAGAGCAACAAUGGAUACUUACCACCACCACCACCAUCAUCCUUAUCAUCCUCAUCCUCGAACACAGACUCAAAGCUUCGUAAUAAGUUUCGUCGAAAUUAUUAGAAAUGAUGGCGAGAGAGAAAGUUGAGAAUUUUCUUAACGUUACGAAACGUUAUUUAAAAAUUAAAAAAAAAAACAAAGGUACCUUAGUUCUAGUUAAGUUACGAGCCAUUUUUAUGCGUCUAAUUCUUAAGAGACUAUGUUAGCCUCGAUACCUAAAUUCCAAAUAAGAAGAUGUUAUAACAUAUGAAGUAUAUUUCAUCGAUCGACUGUAGUUAUAGUUACAUUAAUCUCACUAUCAUUUAUUAGCGAAAUUUUUGUUUUUCAUUUAUUAAAAUAUAUAAAUAAAAUAUUUUUUUUAUUAAAAAGAUAUUAGAAAAU